UGAACGACACGUCGCGGGGGAGAGCGGGGGCCUCGCCGGCCGUCGCGCCCCCUCGCUCCCCCGCCUCCCGAAGAGAAGGAGCGGGCGGCCCGAACACCGACAAAGGCGCCGGGCCGAGGACGUCCUCCGGUGCCGGCUGGCGGGCUCCUCCCGGAGGGCUCCCCUCGAGCGGGCGGGCACGGGAGGCGGGGCCGGGGCGGGGCUCCCCGCCAUCCCCCCGUUGUGGAGCCGGGGCUCGGCCCGCAGCGCCCCCGGCCCGGAGAGGAGCGGGCCCUCCGGCGGAGCCGACAUGGGGCCGCCGUCCACGCUCACCCUCGUCGUGGUCACCGCCCUGCUGCCCCAGGUCUGCGGGUCCGGCGUGUUCGAGCUGAGGCUGCAGGAGUUCGUCAACAACAAGGGGCUGCCGGGGAACCGCAACUGCUGCGGGGGGCCCGGGGGCCCCGCGCCCCCCGCCCCGGGCCUGCAGCUGCACUGCGACUGCAAAACGUUUUUCCGCGUCUGCCUGAAGCACUACCAGGCCAGCGUGUCCCCGGAGCCGCCCUGCACCUACGGCAGCGCCGUCACCCCGGUCCUGGGCGCCAACUCCUUCAGCGUCCCCGACGGCGCCCGCGGGAAGGACCCGGCCUUCACCAACCCCAUCCGCUUCCCCUUCGGCUUCACCUGGCCCGGAACGUUUUCGCUUAUCAUCGAAGCUCUUCACACGGAUUCCCCCGAUGAUCUCACUACAGAGAAUCCGGAACGAUUGAUCAGCCGCCUGACCACCCAGCGGCACCUGACUGUGGGCGAGGAGUGGUCCCAGGAUCUUCACAGCAGCGGUCGCACGGACCUCAAGUACUCGUACCGCUUUGUCUGUGAUGAGCACUACUACGGCGACGGCUGUUCCGUCUUCUGUCGUCCCCGGGAUGACGCUUUUGGCCACUUCACAUGCGGGGAGCGAGGCGAGAAGGUGUGCGACCCGGGCUGGAAGGGCCAGUAUUGUACUGAACCGAUCUGCCUGCCAGGGUGCAAUGAGCAGCACGGCUUCUGUGACAAGCCCGGAGAGUGCAAGUGUCGAGUCGGCUGGCAAGGGCGCUACUGCGACGAGUGCAUCCGCUACCCCGGCUGUCUACACGGCACCUGCCAGCAGCCAUGGCAGUGCAACUGCCAGGAAGGCUGGGGAGGUCUUUUCUGCAACCAGGACCUCAAUUACUGCACCCACCACAGACCCUGCCAGAAUGGGGCCACGUGCACCAACACCGGCCAGGGAAGCUACACUUGCUCUUGUCGCCCCGGCUACAGCGGCGCCAACUGCGAGAUGGAGAUCAACGAGUGUGACGCCAGUCCCUGCAAGAACGGAGGGAGCUGCACGGAUCUGGAGAACAGCUAUUCCUGUACCUGUCCGCCCGGCUUCUACGGGAAAAACUGCGAGCUGAGUGCCAUGACUUGUGCCGACGGCCCGUGCUUCAACGGGGGCCGGUGCUCCGAUAAUCCAGAUGGAGGCUACCUGUGCCACUGCCCCCUGGGAUACUUGGGCUUCAACUGUGAGAAGAAAAUUGACCACUGCAGUUCCUCACCCUGCUCCAAUGGCGCCCGCUGUGUGGACCUCGGGAGCUCCUACCUUUGCCAAUGUCAGGCCGGCUUCACUGGGACCCACUGCGACGACAACACGGACGACUGCGCCUCCUCACCCUGCGCCAACGGAGGCACGUGCCAGGACGGGGUGAACGACUACUCGUGCACGUGCCCGCCCGGGUACACGGGCAAGAACUGCAGCGCCCCCGUCAGCCGGUGCGAGCACGGCCCCUGCCACAACGGGGCCACCUGCCACGAGAGGAGCCGCCGCUACGUGUGCCAGUGCGCCCGCGGCUACGGCGGCCCCAACUGCCAGUUCCUGCUCCCCGAGCCGGCCCCGGGAUCCGGGACCGUGGACCUGAACCAGAAGCACACGGAGGUUCGGGGCGGCCCGUUCCCCUGGGUGGCCGUCGGCGCCGGGGUGGUGCUGGUCCUCGCGCUGCUGCUGGGCUGCGCCGCCGCCGUGGUCUGCGUCCGGCUCAGACUCCAGAAGCGGCGGCCCCCGGCGGGCACGGGCAGGGGCGAGACCGAGACCAUGAACAACCUGGCCAACUGCCAGCGGGAGAAGGACAUCUCCGUCAGCGUCAUCGGUGCCACCCAGAUCAAGAACACCAACAAGAAGGCGGAGCUGCACGGGGAGAGUAAGCCCCCGCCCAACGGCUUCAAGGCCCGCUACCCGGCCGUGGAUUAUAACUUGGUGCCCGACCUCAAGAGCGCCGAGCGGGGCGGGGAGGAGCUCGGCAAGGCCCCGACCCCCGAGGCCCCAGAGAGGACCCCUGCUCCACUCAAGAGCGGCGACGUGUCCGAAAGGAAAAGGCCAGAGUCCGUGUACUCCACCUCCAAAGACACAAAAUACCAGUCGGUAUAUGUCAUAUCAGAGGAGAAGGACGAGUGCAUCAUCGCCACGGAGGUGUAACGUGGAAGUGACGCGGCACAGCCUCUGUUUGUCUCGGGCGAAGAUCUCUGCCCCAACGAAUGAAUGCUGCUGAAAGAGGGAAGGAGGGAGGGAAGGAGGGACGGAGAAAGGAAGGGAGGACUUCCUCCCUCCACUGGGCUUCUCCUCUGGGCCGCCUCCACUCUGCUCCCUCUGCGGGCCCCCUCAACUCCACUCUCUCCCUGGGCUCCUUCCGUGGACGUCCUCCACGGGCUCCCUCCGUGGACGUCCUCCGCGGGCUCCCUCCGUGGACGCCCUCCGCGGGCUCCCUCCGUGGACGCCCUCCGUGGGCACCCUCCCUGGGCUCCCUCCGCCGGGGGCGGAACCAACAGCAGAGGUAGCCGUGGCCUGCUGCUCAAGAACUAAAUUCAGACUGAGCUGGUUCUCUUGCUGAAGUUAGCGAGCGGGCAGCGAUAGGUGCUGUGCCCACCCUCCCCGCCCGCCAGCCACCGGCCGCCCCGGGGUACCUGUUGCACUGCCCUUCUGAUGACUCUUCCCAUUGCACUAUGGACAGGCCCUUUUGAGCGAGAUAUUUAAUGAGCGGACUCCCCGCGGGGCUCGGAGCCCACCCUGGGUGCUGGGCCCCACCCCUCCUCUC